UUCCUUCAAUAAAAACACAAGCGAUCCCACGUGAUGUCGGGGUUCACAACGAUGACGUAGAGCUGCUUAGACGGAACUCUUAUCCAAAUGUUGGUCCGAAAAAAUGGUAUUUGAUUCAUAAUGCCUUAAUAGUUUAUAUGCAACGCAAUAAACCCUGUGGUACGAUUUGGGGUAUAGUGAUCGGGAUUGAUGAAAACGGGAGUGAGUGGCUGUCUGAGGUGCUGACUCCUACCAGAUUGUCAUUGUGUGUCGGUGGUAAACCGGGGGAUAUCCGUGUUCGUGACAUCGGCUAUAGUGGAGCGGGACGCGGUGCCGAGGGGCGCAGGCAGCGGGACGGUAUCGGUGUCUAUACCCGGACUGAGUGACAGCAUGGCUGCAGGGAAGGGAGACAAGUCCGGUACCUCGGCAGUGCUGCAGAAUGAGCGCUUACGGUUCAUCGUGUGCUUCCUCGGGGUCUUCGUCUGUUAUUUCUAUUAUGGUAUACUACAAGAGACUAUCACUCGAGGGGAAUAUGGACACGGGGAGAAGAAGGAGAGCUUUCGAUUUGCACAGACACUGGUCUUCAUUCAGUGCAUCAUCAACGCUAUUUUUGCCCGGAUCUUGAUCCAGUUUUUCGAGGGCUCCCGGGCAGACCACACUAAGAGCUGGCUCUAUGGCCUUUGCUCACUCUCUUAUCUGGGAGCCAUGGUUUCCAGUAACUCCGCUCUGCAGUAUGUCAACUACCCUACACAGGUGUUGGGGAAGUCCUGCAAGCCUAUACCUGUGAUGAUCCUGGGCGUGACGAUACUAAGGAAGAGGUAUCCCAUGGCCAAGUACCUGUGUGUGCUUCUGAUUGUCAGCGGCGUGGCGUUGUUCCUCUACAAGCCCAACAAAGGGGGCGCUUCCACGGACGAGCACCUCUUUGGGUUCGGCGAGAUCCUGCUGCUGCUCUCCCUGACCAUGGACGGGCUGACCGGCGUGUUUCAGGAUCACAUGAGGACUCGCUUCCAGACCAGUGCCUACCACAUGAUGCUCAACAUCAACCUGUGGUCCACGUUGGUGCUGGGACUAGUGGUGUUGUGGACCGGGGAGAUUUGGGAGUUCCUGAGUUUCACCGAACGUCACUCCAGCAUCUUCUACAACAUUCUCCUGUUUGGAUUGACCAGCGCGUUGGGCCAGACCUUCAUCUUCAUGACGGUGGUGAGCUUCGGCCCGCUCACCUGCUCCAUCAUCACCACCACCCGCAAGUUCUUCACCAUCCUGGGCUCCGUGCUGCUGUUCGGCAACGUCAUCACGUCCAUGCAGUGGGUGGGCACGCUGCUGGUGUUCCUUGGUCUUGGCUUGGAUUCAAAGUUUGGCAAGACCCCGAGAAAGCCAACGCACUGAAGAGCAUCUGCAGAACUUGGAAGGCAACAUUUCAGGACAAAUGGACCUUAGUAGCCAGAAUCACACAUCCAGCACCAAAUGGUUCAUUAUUUUUCUGUAAGGAAUCAUCUAUUUCCUCUAUGUUCCUCUAACCGGCUCUUGACAGGUUUUAUGUGCAACCUAAUUGUAAUGAAGAAAUAUAUAUUUCAACUCCGCCCUAUGCUGUGUCUGUACUUGCAAUAUGUGAAAAGAAACUUGUACGAGGAUAAGCCCAGUGGUGUCUACAAUUCUCACAAUCUCAUGGAAUCAUGCAGAGUAGAACACUAAGAACUGGGGGAGAACCAAGAUGGAACAGAAAAUGGGGUCCUUGUUGAUGUUGCCUCCCAGUGUUUCCUUCAGGAUGAAUGGAUGCUGUUUAAAACACUGCAAAGGAAACAUCAGCCAACACGUUUACCUGGUGAAUUUUUGAUUUAGACAAUACCUGGUUUACAUUUAUUCAUCUUUCUUAACGUUCACAUUGACAGAAAGAGCUUCUGAAAAACAUUGAAGGAGUUUUCACCAAUAAAAAGUCCCUGAAAAUCGAUAUAACAUAUUUGAAGUUGAAAGUAGAUUGCAAUUUAUAAAGGCCAUCAUUGAAUGUACCCUUUUGUGUCAUGUGCAUUGUUGAUGUUGAAUUAGUUUGACAUUUCAUGUGAAAAAAAAAACAAUCAUAAAAGGGAAAUUUUCUUAUUUUAA